AUGUCCACGCUGUCGGAAAUGCGAGUUGAUACACGUAUUGGAUCAGGAGCUGCAGGCAAGCCGAUCAUACAAGACUUGCUGAACAUCGUGGCACCUUGGCAUCGGACCGUCCCGCAAUUGCUGCCGUUUCAUUCAUCUUUGUUUCUGUCCGCUGCUCCUUCUUGCUCGCUCCACAGUACAUGCAUUAUUUUAUCAGGCCCGGCACUCCUUGAACACGAAAUCGAUACAGAUACAGACACAGAUACCGUCAUGAACGAUGCAGACAAAGAACGCGAGUCGAACGCGGAAACAAACUUCUUCGAUCUGCCGCUGGAAGUUCGAGACAUGGUCUACAGUCAUUUUUGCCCAUAUCGCUGGUUCGACAUAGUCCUCAUGCCACACGAGAUCCUUGCGCCAGGAACAAGCAGAGUUUCACGGCAAAUGCGGAAAGAAUCCCUCGAUCUCGAAGGAGAAGAGGACCAAGCAGAUGCAAAUUCUAACUCUCAACCAGAUGGCUACAUGACAUGCGAGGCAUGGACUCCUCAAACGAUAUUCGUGAAAUGGAUCAGAGCGAUUGGCGACGAGAACGCAGCCAGAAUCCAGCGUUUAAGAUUCUACCACCACAACUUCAACCUCCUCAUCGCGAUAGGAGACGAGCAGCCGCGGAUAUCAUUCAAAUUGCGAAACAAUCGACCUGGGACUGAAGUCCAAUUGGCCCAGGAUGCGCCAAAAGGAUACUCCUUCAGCGAAGCCUUGAGGCGAGCAGAACGGCGCACUGGAAUCAUCAUUGCGCAGAUCAACGAGGAAAUUGGAAGCGGGCCGCUCACAGUCCAUGCGAUAGAGGACCUCUAUGCUCAGAUCGAGAUGCUCAAACCUAGCUUGUGCUCACGUGCAGGUGUCGGCUGGAAAGGCGCGGUUUUGAACGAGUCAGGGGAAGCCAGCGACUUCCGGCAGCAUCAAGAGUCUUGUGGCGAUUGCGCAUAUUGUCAACCCAGAGAAGGAUAUAAUCUGCGAUGGGUUCAUGACAGUCUGAGGCUGAGGACUCAGCUAAUUGCUCAAACGGAAUCAAUGGUUCCUGUUAAUGCUGUAUCACUUUAUGUAGAAUUGGCCACCAGAUCACAGACGCAGAAAUGCGCCAUCGUCGACCUUACGCAAGAGCCUAGGGAGAAACCAUCACUUCCAACCUCUACUACAAAAAAGCAAGAGCCUUGGGCGCUCCAUCACUCACAUAUUUUAACGAAGAAGCGCUUCACGCCCGCCUCCACACGUCUCCCGCGUAAAAAGUCCCAGCUCAUCAACCUGAAGCAACACAAAAUCACAGGAUCCAUCCAGCAAUCUACCUCAUCCACAAUUCCGGAAAACCUCCUUACCCAGUCAGUCACCAGAACCUUCAUCUUCACCGACGAAUUCGCCGGAACUGCUGUCUGUAUAUAUCUAUCUCCUCAAAGACGGUCGCCAACCUACUCGCACCGUGUCUCUAAGAACCGAAUCCAAGAGUCGAAACUGGCUCAUGGCCAACCAGUGCAGGCAAGAUUUGUAGCCUGGGACUCCAAACGGGACCAUCUCUCUUCACUCGAGAUAGCUUUCCUUUUGCGCAAAUCUCCGGCUCUGUUCCUGGCCCACUUUGGUGGCGAAAAUUUCGAGGCUGCGACUUCCGGGUACCAUGUCUUGCAUAUCUUCGAGGAGAUAUUUCGCGGGGACAUGAUUUUCGGGAACAGGUGCUCUGCAACACCAUUGCUGGGCCGCUUGACUGGAAAGUUUGUUUGUAUGCAUUCGAGCUGGGAUGACCAGAUAGGAAUGCGAAGAGGUGUGGCGUUGGACUUCCUAUCCGACCACUGCAAUGAGGAGUGA